AUGUCGAAGAGAAAACCUGCUUGGGAUAACUACAAAGAGAAGGUAGCAAAGAAGAGAAUGCGUAAAGGCGAAGAAAAAGCAGCAACUGGCCCAAAAGGUGGGCUGACUGUUCAGCGUUUGUCGGCGAACGUGGAAGGCAAAUGUCAAAAGUAUUCGCGCAUCGGGCCUUUGAUUUUAGUUCCUUGUGACAAAGAACUUACGCUGGAAAACAUCAAAGCUGUGUGUAAGGCCCACUUCAACACGGAAUUAGAAUGUGAUGUCCUUGCCGGUGAACGUGGUCCUUCCUAUACCGAGUCGGGACAAAUCCAGAACUGGAAAGUUUUGCACGUGCGCUUCGUGGAAGUUCUCGAACACCCCACGAAGGAAAAAUCGGGAAGAAACAUCGCAAACAAAAAGCCAAGUUUCCACAGCGAACCUGCAACCGGAAGCCCUCAAAAAAGCCAUUCUCAGUAUCCACACUCGAAAUCUGUCAGUGUCCGACCAUCGCCAUCUGUCGCGCGUUCAAUGUCACUAAGUCAGAUGCUGAAGUUGGGAAAAGUCAUUGUCCCAGAUAUCGAUGUGGUAACUCUUCGGCUUGAAGAGUUUUGCAUCUUGAGAAUGGAGUGGCUGGAACCUUUUGAGGUAUCACUUUCAAUGGAAAAGAAACCGUUUGCGAAUGGAGCAUUCCGUGCAGCAUAUUUGGCAAAAUCCAUUGCAGGUUUGCCCAAAGGAAAGUAUGUAAUUAAAAAGUAUUUAGAGGAAGAAAAAAAAGCCAUUGAGGCAUUAUUUGGGUCCGUUGAACUCCAUACACGAAAGUCAGUUCAACUCAACGCCCUAGCUCGUAAUUUCGCUCAGAGUAUGGCUUCUGAGGUCCAAGCUUCAGAAUUUGGAGAAACAUUUGUUUAUGGUAAAGUCUACUAUUCGUCUCUGAAUGGUGAACCUGUAACAUUAGAAACUCACCUCGCGGGUGUUUUUGAAAAGUUUGUAAACAAUACUGGUGAGUUGUGUGUGGAAUAUGCAGAUGCAAAUGAACUAAGUCUUAAAGCUGAGACAUUUGUUCACUAUACAUUCCAGAAGUCUAACCAACAGCUUAUUGUCACUGACAUUCAAGGGGUCAAUUUCUCCCUAUGUGACCCAGAGAUUGCAACGGCUGAGCUGGAGGAUCCUGAAGACAAGGCAAUUCGUUUCUGCUCUGGUAAUUUGUCAGAUGCAGCAAUUAAAACAUUCUUCCAAUGUCAUAAAUGCAACAGAUACUGCGAGAUGCUGAAACUAUCAAAGCAACAAUGA